AUGGGUGAAUCAACUACUGCACAAUCCUCCUUUAGUUCCAUCAUUGAGAAAUACCGUCCUGAUCUCACCCCGUAUGAGGAGCUUUACAAGCACUGCCAUGCCAACGGGGAACUCUCCACACAGGAGAAAGAAACAGCCUCGUUGAUCACAGAGCAUCUGAAGAAACUCUCCGACGACUUGGACAUACGCACCGGGAUCGGCGGACACGGCCAGAUCGCCAUCCUGGAGAAUGGACCGGGCAAGACGAUCCUUCUCCGGGCCGACAUCGACGCCCUCCCGGUGCAGGAGAAGACAGGUCUCGCCUACGCCAGCACGAAAACCAUGCGCGACACGGACGGACUCGUCAAGCCCGUCAUGCACGCCUGCGGGCACGAUUUCCACAUCACCUCGCUCCUGGCCGCCGCGGAAACACUGGUCGCCGCCCGGUCGACGUGGUCGGGCACCAUCGUCUUCCUCUUCCAGCCCGCCGAAGAGAGAGGGUGCGGCGCCCAGGCCAUGGUGGACGAUGGACUCUACUCGGCCGACAAACACGCCUGCCCCAUCCCUGACGUUGUGCUGGGCCAACACGUGUUUCCUCUCCAGGCGGGAAAGACAGCCACGCGGGCGGGACCGGUCAUGUCGGCGGCGGACAGUUUCAAAGUGACCAUCUACGGCAGUGGCGGGCACGGCAGCAUGCCCCAUCGCACAAUCGACCCUGUUGUCAUCGCCUCACAUGUCGUGGUACGCUUACAGACGAUCCGCUCGCGGGAAGUACCUCCCGAUGAGACUGCCGUGGUCACCGUGGGCGCAUUGCAGGCGGGCAGCACGGAAAAUGUCAUCUCCGACGAGGCCGUGUUGAAGAUCAACAUCCGCAGCGUGAGCGUCGAGUGGCGCGAAAAGGUGCUCGCCUCGGUCAAGAGGAUCAUCAAGGCCGAGUGUCUCGCAGGGGACUGCCCCAAGGAGCCCCUGAUCGAGCCGACCUCGUCGUUCCCGCUGACCAUCAACGACGCCGAGGUCGCCGGCGAGAUCAACAAGUCCUUCACCGCGUACUUUGGCGAGAAGAACCACGACCCGAACCUCAAGAACGUGCUGGGGAGCGAGGACUUUGGCAUCCUGGGGUCCAGCGUCGGGAGGCCGUACUGCUUCUGGUUCUUCGGCGGCCACGACGCGGGCAUGUACGAGGAGAUGGUCAAGAAGGGCGCGGAACACAAGAUCCCCGUCAACCACAGCCCCUUCUUCGCGCCGGUGCUGCAGCCGACUUUGAAUGUCGGGGUGGAUGCGUUGGUGGUGGCGGCAUUGACCUACGUGGGCAAGAGGUGA